AUGACAAAUGUGGAGGGGAUGUGGAAAAACAGGGACUGUUGGUGGAACAGUGAAACUGAUCCAACUAUUUUGGAGAGCAACUUGGAGUUAUGCCCAGAAAUGCAAAUAGAAGUGGAAGAAGAAGAGGAGGAAGAUGAUGACACUGAAGAGAGCUCAAGUGAAGAGGAAAAGGAAGAUAAGUUGCCUCGAAGAAAAAGCAUGAAACCAAAUAGGAAAAGGAACAGGGAUAUUAUCAGUGAAGAUGACCCACCGCCUGAACCUGAGGAUGCAGAAACCAGAAAAGCAAGGGAAAAAGAGAGGAGGAGGAAGAUGAAGAGAGGAGCAGAUGAAGAUGAUGAAAUCGAUGAAGAGGAAUUGGAGAGAAUGAAGGCAGAGUUAGAUGAAAAAAGGCAAGUCAUUGCUACAGUCAAAAAUCAACCAUGGAAGAUGGAAAAGAAGAUCCAAGUCCUAAAGGAAGCGAAAGAAUAUGUAAGUGCAAAUGAAGGGGCCCUUGGGAAAGGAAAAGGAAAACGGUGGUUUGCAUUUAAGAUGAUGAUGAAGAAAAAAUGGGCGAAAUUUCUUAAGGAUUUUGAGAUCUUCAAGCAGGCAUGUAUACCAUGGGAAAAUAAAAUCAAAGCCAUUGAAAGCCAGUUUGGGUCAUCGGUUGCCUCUUAUUUUCAUUUCAUGCGGUGGAUGUAUGGAGUGAAUAUGGUUCUCUUUGUCCUGACAUUUGGUCUUAUUAUGUUACCUGAGGCACUGUGGGGUUUGCCAUAUGGAAGUUUACCUAGAAAAACAGUUCCAAGAGCUGAAGAACCAACUUCCCAGAACUUUGGGGUACUCUAUGACUUCAAUGGUAGGGCACAAUAUUCCGUCCUCUUUUAUGGAUAUUACAACAGCGCACGGACGAUUGGAAACAUGAAUUUCAGGAUGCCUCUCUCCUAUUUUCUGGUGGGAAUCAUGUGCGUUGGAUACAGCUUCCUGAUUGUCAUCAGAACGAUGGCAAAGAAUCUUGGUGAAGGUGGAGGCGGAGAUGACAAUGCUUUUAAUUUCAGCUGGAAAAUGUUCACGAGCUGGGACUUUUUGAUUGGCAACCCUGAAACAGCAGACAACAAAUUUAACUCCAUUAUAAUGAACUUUAAGGAAGCUAUUGAAGCAGAAUUUGCAGCCCAAAAGGAAGAAAACGUCCACUUGAUUCGAUUCCUGAUAUUUCUUGCUAACUUCUUCUCUUUCGUCACACUUGGUGCAAGUGGAUAUCUCAUUUUUUGGGCUGUGAAGCGAUCCCAGGAAUUUGCACAGCAAGACCCAGACACCCUUGGGUGGUGGGAAAAAAAUGAAAUGAACUUGAUAAUGUCUCUCUUGGGGAUGUUCUGUCCAGCUUUAUUUGAAUUAUUUGCUGAGCUGGAAGGUUAUCACCCACUUAUAGCUCUGAAAUGGCUACUGGGUCGCAUCUUUGCUCUUCUUCUGGGCAACUUGUAUGUAUUUAUUCUUGCGAUAUUGGAUGAGGUCAAUAAUAAGUUGGAAGAAGAGAAGUUAGUUAUGGCAAACAUCACCUUAUGGGAAGAAAACAUGAUCAAAGCCUACAAUGCAUCUCAGAGUGAAAAUGGCACUAGUGCUCCUUUCUUUGUGGAACCUGCUGAUGUGCCCAGGGGGCCCUGUUGGGAAACAAUGGUGGGGCAGGAAUUUGCGCGACUGGUUGUGUCUGAUGUCCUAACAACCUAUGUCACAAUUCUGGUUGGUGACUUUGUUAGAGCCUGUUUUGUCAGGUUUUGCAACUACUGCUGGUGCUGGGACCUGGAAUAUGGCUAUCCCUCUUACACUGAAUUUGAUAUCAGCGGCAAUGUCCUGGCACUGAUCUUCAACCAAGGCAUGAUCUGGUAUGGUGCUUACUAUGUGCCAGGCACUGCGCUGAAUCCUUUGCAAUUACUUGAAGCGUUAUCAAAAGAAGUGGCACGAAAAUUCGACAUGAUGGCUGCUUCCCUGAUAGAAAGAGGGAACGAAGAAACUACUUGUGGCAAAAACAGAAUGUUUCACGUCAUUGGUGAAACUCUGGAGCAUGAUUUCCCUAAAUGGCUGGCAAAAAUCUUACGGCAACUCACUAACCCUGGACUCACCAUUGCUCUCAUUUUGGUCAUGGGUCAGCAGAGCAGGAAGCAGCGGAAUGCAGUGGUGGACCCAUCUCUGGGGGCCCUGUGA